GGAUAGGAGGAUAGUGGUCAAUCCAAUGGGGAAAACGGAAGCCAAGAACACGGAGCAAAUCUACGCUAGAUCACGUUUUGAUCUCGGACCCAGCCCUUCGCAGCCCGACCUGAAUCCAUCGGCAUCGAAUCGAUUCCGCUUGUUGGCGUCAAAACCCCCAGGCGAGUGAUGGCAGACUCCAUCCCCUCCUCGACGACGCCAAGCGGCAAAUGAUUUCUUCCCUCUUAUGAAAAAAUUUCCUGCCAAUUUAAGGCCGGGAGGGGAAACCCUAGUUCAUCCCCCCUACUGCCUAUAUUGCCUUCAUAAAGCGACCAGAAUGCCUCAACCUUCCUAUCUCCCCACUUCAUUGACGACCUACUGCGGUUCCGCUCGGCGGCGGUAGUCUUAGCAGGCAUGACGAAUGGGCCAUUCAAUGAGCAGAUUUUGGCGGACAAACUUCUUAACCUUAAUAGCACACAACAUAGCAUAGAGACUUUGUCACAUUGGUGUAUCUUCCAUAGAAAGAAAGCAAAGGAGGUUGUGGAAAUGUGGCUACAUCAAUUUCAUUUAGCUUCAAGAGAUCAAAGAAUAUCUUUUCUCUUUUUAGCCAACGAUAUUGUUCAAAAUAGCAGGAGGAAGGGCUUGGAGUUUAUUGAGGAAUUUUGGAAAGUUCUUCCUGAUGUUCUCAAUGGCAUUCUUGAUAAUGGAAACGAUGUUGAAAAAAAUAUUGUGCAUAGAUUGAUCAAUAUAUGGGAACAACGCAAAGUUUUUGGCUCUCAUGAAUCUUUGAAACAAGAUAUGCUGACAAAGAAUAUUGAUAGUAGAAAUCGAAAUGGGAAGGGUAUUUCUUACAAAUUGAAACAACCUGGUGGCGAGCAGCUACAGAAACUAAUUUCAGCUUAUAGUGAUGCAUCAGGGUUUCCCUUUGACGAAGAAACAUUAUUGGACAGUUGUCAAGCUGCCGUUAACUUUGUUGAGAGCUUUGAAACGGAUACGUGGAAUCAAACAGGGAACUUCCAUGGUUCUGGAACAGUGAAGGAGCUGGUUAAAUAUCAUGAAGUGUUAAGAGACUCCAUAAAAAAAUUGAAGGCUGUUGAAUCAACAAGAGCAAUUAUCGUUGCCUGUUUAAAAGAAGCACUACUUGAGCAGGAAAUCAAGUAUAGCCAAGUUCGCCAACAGCUGAAGGCAGCUCAAUCUGGGUAUCAACUAUCAGUUAACUUGUGCAACCAAUUUAAUAUUGAUAUGUCACCAGAUCGAAGACUUCUGGAAUCGCCAGAUCAUGGACCUCCUGGCUUUUCGAGCAAUUAUGCUUUUGAAUAUGUAGAAGGGAACCAGAAGGCCGGAAAUUCAACAUCCUCAACUCUGGAAGCUGCUCCAGAUGUGCCACAGCUUGUAGCCUCUACAUCCUCGACUUUCGAAGCUGUUCCAGGUGCGCCACAGCUUGCAGACUUAACAAUCUCUACUCAGAUGCAAGAUCAUGCUCAGCAGUUUGUUCGUUCCAAUGGCAUUGUUGGGCCCACAAUUGAAGAAGACCUUCAGUCGAACAAUAAAAGAUUGAAACUCGAGGAUGAUCCUCGAGUUUCAUUUCAACCGCAGCCACAGUUCGUGCCACCCUUUCCGCCAUUGCAUCCUAAUACAUUGAAUCAGCCUUCAUCACAACCACCUGUACCUGUUACUUACCCAGACUCAACUGUGGAGCUGCUACCGCCGCCGCCGUUAACACCUUUCCCACCGCCACCACCGCUACCACCUCUGCCAGUAGCGCCAGUAGCGCCAGCAUUCACACCCCUUGCUGAUUUGACUAUAGCAAGCACUUAUGGAUAUGCCCCGGCACCUCCUUUUCCAAAUUACCAGAUGGUUGGUUUUCCACCGCACCCGGUCACUGGAAAUCAAUACGGUUUUCAAGCACCAGAGGGAUCCAAUUAUGCCGACCAACCACCUUUUCGAAGACUGCCGCCGCCUCCACCGCCGCCGCCACCACUGGCUUGACAAUAGUGAGAAGGCUUUUAGAUGUUCAAGUAACUAGUUAUGUUUCUGUACAUUAUGUGCGUGUUCCUUUACCUCCCCAAGAUGGGGUCAGAGAUUAUAUAAUGGGUAAGACUUGCAGAUCAGCUGAAUGAAGAACCAAUGGUUUAUCCAUCUCCUUAGAUUGAGGGAAAAGUUCAUUUAGAUUAUGGUGGUUUUCUUAUUUUAUGGUUCAGCUCUGGCAUGUUCAUCGUUGUCUGAUGCUCGAGAAAUGGAAAUGGAACAGUCGAUAAUUGUGAAUGCUUUAGCUGUUCAUCUCAGAAAUGAAUUUCUUCUCGAGUGAAAUGGAAGCAGGCUUUUGUCUA